AUGGCCGAGGCCACAAAGCACCACCUUCCAACCAUCAAUGGUGGAACUUUGCUCUCAGACCUCAAGAGCCUCUUCUCCAUCCUCAAAACCAGAAGAACUGUGGCUUUUGCUUACGGGUUCAUGUUUGCCUUUGUUGCCUUCACUGUUUUCUUGGCCUUCAGCCCCUCCCCAAACUCUGGUGCUCCUUGGUUCUCAAACAUCUUCACAAGUUCCAGUACCAGUUCUAGUUCUAGUUCUUUUUUCUCUUUCUUGUUUCCCAAUGGCACUUCAUCUCCACAGCAACAAAAUCAAGCCGUUGCUUUUGCUCCACAAACAGAGCCCUCUAGAUCUAUUAGCACCGCCGCCGCACAAGCUCCCUCUGUGAAUAAACAACCACCUCUUGUGAAAAACCAAACUCAACCCACAAUUUUGAACCCAAAUCAGACAUCAACCGCACCGCCUAAACCUCUAGUUACACCCAAGAAUACGACUAGUAAGCCUGAACCAACCACCCUUGUGAAGAACCAAACUGAAAGCACCCAGAAUUCUGAUAAAGCCGCAGUUUUUAAGGCCAAUCAGACCGCAAUUGCCGCCCCGAAAACCCCGGUGGCGGCGGCGGGGAAUAAAAGCUCGAAUUCGGCACCGCAAUCGGGUUCUCCGGAGAAGAGUGUUGCACAGAAGGGAGUGGAAUCGAAUUAUACUGCUUCCGUGUUGAAGAAACAGAGCAAUGAAACAAAUUCUGGUGUGUCGGUGAAGCAGGGGAAGCAAGGGAAUGAUGAUUUGGUGAAGUCUUUGAUGAAUUGUGAUAUAUUACAUGGGGAAUGGGUGAAGGAUGAUUCAUACCCUCUAUACAAACCCGGGUCUUGUCCUCUGAUUGAUGAGCAAUUCAAUUGCAUUCUUAAUGGUAGGCCUGAUAAGGAUUUUCAGAAAUUCAAAUGGAAGCCUAAGGAUUGCACUCUGCCAAGGUUGGAUGGAAGUCAUAUGUUGGAGUUGUUGCGAGGAAGGCGCCUGGUUUUCGUUGGUGAUUCGCUGAACAGGAAUAUGUGGGAGUCUCUGGUUUGCAUCCUGAGAAACUCAGCCAAAGAUAAAAGCAAGGUCUUCGAAGCAAACGGAAGAACCCAUUUUCGUGGCGAAGCUUCUUACUCCUUCAUAUUCAAAGACUAUAACUGCACGGUGGAGUUUUUUGUGUCUCCCUUCUUAGUUCGAGAAUGGGAAAUGCCAGAAAAAGACGGAUCAAAGAGAGAGACACUUCGUCUCGACUUAGUAGGGAGAUCUUCUGAUCUAUAUAAAGAUGCAGAUAUCGUCAUCUUCAACACUGGACACUGGUGGACUCAUGAGAAAACCUCCAAAGGGAAAGACUAUUACCAAGAAGGUAGCCAUGUUUAUGGUGAACUGAAUGUUCUCGAGGCAUUUCGGAAAGCUUUAACUACAUGGGCCAGAUGGGUUGAUGCCAAAAUUAAUCCAAGGAAAAGUAUCGUCUUCUUUCGUGGUUAUUCUGCUUCCCAUUUCAGUGGUGGGCAGUGGAAUUCUGGUGGCCAAUGUGACAGUGAGACUCUUCCCAUCUCCAACGAGAUGUAUCUGAGGCCAUACCCCCCUAAGAUGCUGGUACUGGAGAAGGUGUUGAGAAACAUGAAAACCCAUGUCACCUAUCUCAACAUCACAAGAAUGACCGAUUUCCGGAAGGAUGGUCACCCAUCAAUCUACCGAAAGCAACACCUGUCCGAUGCAGAGAGGAGAUCACCAAAGAGCUUCCAGGAUUGCAGCCAUUGGUGCCUUCCCGGUGUUCCUGAUGCAUGGAAUGAGGUUCUCUACGCCGAGCUCCUAGUAAAACUGUACCAGAAUCAGCAGCAGCAACUGCAACAGCAGAAGAGAGUGUAG